GCAGUUGAAGCCCCGCCCCAACUCGACAACGUCUUGUUCGCAUUCCCACGCUAGCGACUUUGAUUGAACCUUUCGGCCAAACGAAAGGUACGACAGCUCAUUCUCGACGACCGCGUGCGCUCGACGCAUUCCUCGCCCAAGCCGACUCCGGUUGCGCGCGAUACGUCUUUUGCCAGUCAGCACGCGCCACAGCCGUUAUACACUAUUUCUCCAUUCCGUCCCAUCUCCACACUUUUCUUCCCGGGACCUUCCUGUCCACAAAACCACACCGUUUGAUGUAGACUUCGGCCCCGAAUGGCGACGGCGACCGCAGAGGCCGACUCGAAAGAGUCCUCUGCUCAACCUCAACCCCAACCUCAGACUCAGCCUUCCGACCCGAAGUCCCCUAGCUUUUACGGUUAUCUGUUCGGCCCAGACAAGGCACCGACACCCAUCCUCGACUCGCUGCUGCGCGCCAUCGCCCUCCACAUUAUCACCGACAUUGGCGAUAAACAUGUCCAGGCCCUGACCCCUAAAAAACUGGCCGCCUUUUAUAAGGCUGUAGGUGGCGAUUAUGAUUCCCUCUUCAUCGAAAUGCCCCACCCCGCCAUAUCCUACAUUUGGCAGGUUACGGGCUGUCAACACUCUCUGCAACCCUCCGACGACGAUUUCGUCGCCCCUUCCAUUCCGGCUCUGACCUUGCGUGGUUUCGUUCGGUGGGAGUCGAUAGAGAUACUGCUGAGCCCCGAGGAACAUGUGCCUUUUAUUCAGCAAGCCGUCAAGCACUGGAACCUGAAGCAUCCCGAAACGGGCGAGCCUUUCCCUCCCGACCUACCCGCGGAAUCUCUUCCCAGUAAACCGGAUGUCGGGAUAGAGAAAUGGCACAAGGAGUGCGCCGAGAAGCUGAGGCAGGCCGCAACGCCAAAGGACGAGCCUGCAUCUCCCAAGACUGCUCCUAGCCGCCCAGUGGAAAGAGACGAACCGAGAGUCAAGGCGGCUUAUGUCCACGUCCGCAACCCGUAUCCGAAGGCAUCGCCCAAGACCUCACCUCCUCCUCGCGGCCCGCAGGCAGACUACUUUACUCCGUCGACCCGGCCUUCUGUAGCUUACAGCCAUGUUCCAGGGCAUGCUGCGAACAGGUACCCCCCGUCACGCCUGCACAUACCUCGGUCUCCCGAGCGGGAGCGUUUCCGGGGUCAUACCUCGCCAGAUGACCGUCGACGCCGCAGCUUCUCCGACUAUCCAUCCCCACCACACGAGGCCGUGCAUGCUGCCUCUGAGCAUCUGCAGCCCAACAGACCUCCUAUGCAGCCUCGUCGGCACAGUCAGCCACGGCACUACUCGUCAUCCUCGGCUUCCGAUUCUGACGAACCAGCGAGUCCACAAACCAAGCGCAGGCCUCACACUCAUCACUCCAACGAGCCGCCGCCGCCAGGCUUCCGGCGCAUGGGUCCGUCAGCGCCUCUGCCGACACCGCCGCCGCAUGGCCCGCCUCCAGGCGCCCGCAUUCACCGUGCCGAUUUGAGACCAGAGGACGCGCGCCGUCGCAGUAUACCAAUUGUAGACGGUCUGAGGGACAAAAUCGCCGAAAAGGUGACGUCUAUUCUUCCCAACGGCCGGUCGCCGGAACGCCAUCGGAGCACUUCUGGUCGCCGAAGUGAUCCGCCUUCGCGCCGCAGUCGGGAGUACCUGCCAUCUUCCAAGCUCAACCGCAGUUGGCCCGACAUCGGGUCGGAUGACUCGGGAGCGUCGGACUCCGAGGAAGAAGGCCGACGUCGUCGUCUCAAAGCUCGAGAACGUCGAGAGAUGGAAGAAAGAGAACUGAGGGAGAGGGAGAGGGUACGCGAGAGAGACCGUGGUCGAGACCGCGACCGCAGACGCGACCGAGAUAGGGACAGGGAUAGGGAUCGGGACUUGGAGCGCGAUCGGGACCGAGAUCGCGUCGUGAACUGGGAGAGAGAAGAGGACAACGAAUUACGAAGACGAAGGGAGCGACACCUGGUGCGACCCGAGACCCAGCGCCGAACAAGCAGCCAUGCCGACGUGGACCGGAUGCGAGGAAGGGGCGAGCCCCCUUGGGAACCUCGCGAUCGCGAGCCCAGGGACGACCGGAAGCGGUGGAAAGAACAUGGGGUCAGCCCGGUAAUCUCUGGCGUUGGGGGACGGCAAUACCCAACUGGUCCGACUCGGAUCUAAUCUUAUCAUGGGGCGGCGAACCCGGUAUAGAGGGCGACUUUGAGCGAUUUGGAAGGAUUUGGACUUGGACUUGGACAUAUAUAUGGCUGGACAUGAUGGCAUCUUUUACGUUUCCAAUUUUGUACAACAUGCUUACUUCUCAUCCCUAGGCUGGAAGCCAGGUGCGUGCACAUGAUCUAGGA